AGGCCGGCGUCGGGGAAGGUCCCGGUCCCGGAUUCCGCACGAGGUGUUGACGGGGCGGCUGUGCCGGCCUCUCUCCAGCGCGCGCCCCGAGCCCACGCGGCCCCGGGCUGCACGUCCCUGACGCCGCCGAGGCGCAAGGCUGCAAGUAAGACCCUUGAGGGGGCAGACCCCAUGGCUGCCUGGAAGAACCCCUGGUGGUUUCUGGUGUGGCUGGCCCUCAAGGAUGCUACCCUUUUACAGACCACAGCAGAGAAGUCUCCCGGAGCCUACUUCCUGCCCGAGUUUGCGCUGUCUCCUCAAGGAAGUUUCCUGGAAGACACAACAGGGGAGCAGUUCCUCACGUAUCGCUAUGACGACCAGACCUCCAGAAACACUCGUUCCGAUGAAGACAAAGAUGGCAACUGGGACGCUUGGGGCGACUGGAGUGACUGCUCCCGCACCUGCGGAGGAGGGGCCUCUUAUUCUCUGCGCAGGUGUUUGACGGGAAGGAAUUGUGAAGGGCAGAAUAUUCGAUACAAGACAUGCAGCAACCAUGACUGCCCCCCGGAUGCGGAAGACUUCAGGGCCCAGCAGUGUUCAGCCUACAACGACGUGCAGUAUCAGGGGCGUUAUUCUGAGUGGCUCCCACGCUACAACGAUCCCGCUGCCCCGUGCGCUCUCAAGUGUCACGCGCGGGGACAGAACUUGGUGGUGGAGCUGGCCCCCAAGGUGCUGGAUGGAACGCGCUGCAACACGCACUCCCUGGACAUGUGCAUCAGCGGCACCUGUCAGGCCGUGGGCUGCGACCGGCAACUGGGAAGCAGCGCCAAGGAGGACAACUGUGGCGUGUGUGCCGGCGAUGGCGCCACCUGCAGGCUCGUGCGGGGACAGUCCAAGUCGCACGUUUCUCCUGAAAAACGAGAAGAAAAUGUGAUUGCUGUGCCUCUGGGAAGUCGGAGUGUGAGAAUUACAGUGAAAGGACCUGCUCAUCUCUUCAUAGAAUCCAAAACACUUCAAGGAAGCAAAGGAGAACACAGCUUUAGUAGUCCCGGCGUCUUCGUGAUAGAAAACACAACGGUUGAGUUUCAGAAGGGCUCGGAGAGGCAAACCUUCAAGAUUGCAGGGCCUCUGAUGGCUGAUUUCAUCUUCAAGACCAGGUACACUGUGGCCAAAGACAGCGUGGUCCAGUUCUUCUUUUACCAGCCCAUCAGUCACCAGUGGAGACAAACUGACUUCUUUCCCUGCACUGUGACGUGUGGAGGAGGGUAUCAGCUCAAUUCUGCAGAAUGCGUGGAUAUCCGCUUGAAGAGAGUGGUGCCUGACCACUACUGCCACUACUACCCUGAAAAUGUAAAACCCAAACCCAAACUGAAGGAAUGCAGCAUGGACCCUUGCCCAUCCAGUGAUGGAUUUAAAGAGAUCAUGCCCUAUGACCACUUCCAACCUCUGCCUCGCUGGGAACAUAACCCUUGGACUGCCUGUUCCGUGUCCUGUGGAGGAGGGAUCCAGAGACGGAGCUUCGUGUGUGUGGAGGAGUCGAUGCAUGGAGAGAUUCUGCAGGUGGAAGAGUGGAAAUGCAUGUAUGCACCCAAGCCCAAGGUCAUGCAAACUUGCAAUCUGUUCGAUUGCCCCAAAUGGAUUGCCAUGGAGUGGUCUCAGUGUACAGUGACUUGCGGCCGGGGGUUACGUUACCGGGUCGUUCUGUGCAUCAACCACCGUGGACAGCACGUCGGGGGCUGCAACCCACAGCUGAAGCUCCACAUCAAAGAAGAGUGUGUCAUUCCCAUCCCAUGCUAUAAACCCAAAGAAAAAAGUCCAGUGGAAGCUAAAUCACCUUGGCUGAAACAAGCACAAGAACUGGAAGAGACCAGAAUAGUAACCGAAGAACCAACGUUCAUUCCGGAACCCUGGUCUGCCUGCAGUACGACGUGUGGGCCAGGCGUCCAGGUCCGCGAGGUGAAGUGCCGCGUGCUCCUCAAGUUCACGCAGACGGACACCGAGCUGCCGGAAGAGGAGUGUGAGGGCCCCGAGCUGCCCAGCGAGCGCCCUUGCUUCCUGGAAGCCUGUGAUGAGAGCCCGGCCUCCCCAGCGCUGGACGCCUCCCUCCAGGGGAAGGACAGCGAGAUGACCUAUGACUGGGAGUAUGCCGGCUUCACUCCCUGCACGGCCACAUGCUUGGGAGGCCGUCAAGAAGCCAUCGCCGUGUGCGUACACAUCCAGACGCAGCAGACGGUCAACGACAGCUUGUGCGAUCUGCUCCACCGCCCUCCUGCAAUGAGCCAGGCCUGUAACACGGAGCCCUGCCCGCCCAGGUGGCACAUGGGCACUUGGGGACCCUGCUCAGCGACCUGUGGCGUUGGCAUCCAGACCCGAGACGUGUACUGCCUUCAUCCCGAGGAAUCGCCUGCUGCUCCUGAGGAGUGCAGGGAGGAGAAGCCCCACGCCUUACGAGCCUGCAAUCAGUUCGACUGCCCCCCCAGCUGGCACAUUGAAGAGUGGCGACAGUGUUCCAGGACAUGCGGCGGGGGCACUCAGAACCGGAGGGUCGCCUGUCGGCAGCUGCUGACGGAUGGCAGCUUUCUGAACCUCUCGGAUGAGCUGUGCCCAGGGCCCAAGGCGUCGUCUCACAAGUCCUGUGCCAGAACGGACUGCCCGCCACAUUUAGCUGCAGGAAACUGGUCCCAGUGCUCCGUCAGCUGCGGUGCCGGCACCCAGAGGAGGAAGCAGGUGUGUCAGAGGCUGACAGCCAAGGGCCGGCGCGUGGUCCUCAGUGAGGUGAUGUGCCGGGGUCUGCCGGGGCUCCCGCUCGUCCGGGCUUGCCAGAUGCCUGCGUGCGGCAAAAUAAAAGCAGAGAUGAAGGCAAAACUCGCUGAGCAGCGUCCCCAGAUCCUCAGCGUCCAGAGAGUGUACAUUCAGACGAGGGAAGAGAAGCAAAUUAACCUGACGGUCGGAAGCAGGGCCUACCUGCUCCCCAACACGUCCGUGAUAAUUAAAUGCCCGGUGCGGCGGUUCCAGAAGUCUCUGAUCCGGUGGGAGAAGGACGGCCGCUGUCUGCGGAACUCCAAACGGCACGGCAUCAGCAAGUCAGGCUCGCUGAAAAUCCACAGCCUUGCAGCCCCCGACAUCGGCGUGUACCGGUGCCUGGCAGGCUCGGCCCAGGAAACAGUGGUUCUCAAGCUCAUCGGGACGGACAACCGGCUCAUCGCACACCCAGCCCUCAGAGAGCGCGGGAAAGACUUUCCUGGCGUGGACCGCCACGAAGCCAACGGCGUGGAAGCCACGAGGCAUAAGAUGUGGCAAAAGUGGAGUAACAAAAACGAGCUUUCUCUGCCUGACGGCCACAUUCGGAAGCAGCCUUUCCUGAGAGCCCUGUUGGGCCACUGUGGCGACUCUGCAGGUGACGCCGAUGCCUGGGAAUUUAAGCACAAGCAGUUUGAAGCAGCUGUCAAACAGGGCGCCUACAGCAUGGAGACAGCGCAGUUUGACGAGCUGCUAAGAAACAUGAGCUUGUUGCUGGAGACCAGGGAGGUCAGUGAUGACCUCGCGUCGCAGGUCAUCUAUCAGAUCGUGGCCGAGUUCGCUAAGGGCCAGCAGACACACGCGCAGUGGGGGGGCAUCCAGGAAGAGAUGCCUCCUGUGGCUCAGCUCAGGGGGGAGACCGGGAGCGUGCCUCAAAAUGUGAACCUGAAAAACUCAGGCAAGCUGACGUUUAAGCCCAAAGACCCUGCUCCUGCAAGGCGAGACCACCCCACCUCGAUUUCCUUCAAUAAAACAAUCAAUGCAAGCAUUGGGAAUACCGUGUACAUUACGCAGAAGACAGAGUUCAUCAACAUACUGUGUGAUCUCACUACUGCCAGUGAGGCCACAUACACGUGGACCAAGGAUGGAGCACUGCUACAGCCCUCAGCGAAAGUAAUUUUCGACGGAACUGGGAAAAUACAGAUAAGGAAUCCUACAAGGAAAGAACAAGGAAUCUAUGAAUGCCACGUAGCCAACCACCUCGGUUCCGAUGUGGAAAGUUCUUCUGUGCUUUUUGCAGAGGCACCAGUCAUCUUGUCUAUUGAAAAAAAUAUCACGAAGCCAGAGCACAGCCAUCUGUCUGUAGUGGUCGGGGGCCGUGUGGAAGCAGCCCUUCAAGCAAAUGUGACAAUCCAAUGUCCUGUAAAAGGUGCCCCCCCGCCUAAUAUAACUUGGUUGAAGAGAGGAGGAUCUCUGAGUGACAAUGUUUCCUUGCUUUUCAAUGGAUCCCUGUUGUUGCAGAACGUUUCCCUCGAAAAUGAAGGAACCUACGUCUGCACAGCCACCAAUGCUCUUGGAAAGGCAGUGGCAACGUCUGUGCUCCACUUGCUGGAACGAAGAUGGCCAGGCAGUAAAACUGUAUUUCCUAAGGGACAUAAAAAGCGUGUUCCACAGACGCCCUACCCUGGAACCAACAGCAGUGUGCCAACAGGAGAACCCCUAUCUCAAGAGCCCUUCUGGGAGGCUGGUAACUGGUCCCCUUGUUCUGCCACCUGUGGCCACCUGGGAGUUCGCGUUCAGAGACCUCGGUGUGUGAUGGCCGCCGGGCAGGAAGUGAGCGAGGUCCGCUGUGGUCACCUCCAGAAGCCGCAGGGUGGGUUUCAGCCCUGUAACAUCCGGGACUGCCCCGCCAGGUGGUUCACGAGUGAGUGGUCGGAGUGCUCUGUGUCCUGCGGGGAAGGAUUCCACAGUCGGCAAGUGACGUGCAAGAGGACACGAGCCAAUGGGACCGUGCAGGUGGUGUCUCCAAGAGCAUGCGCCUCUAAAGACCUGCCUCUCGGAAGGAAGCCGUGUUCUGGUCACCCGUGUGUCCAGUGGGUCGCUGAUCCAGGGAGCCAGUGUCCUGGCCGUUGCAUGGGCCAUGCCGUGAGGACACAGCGGCUUCCCCCAGCGUGUCAACACCACAACGGCUCCGAGUCCAGCUGCAAUGACAGACGGAGGCCCACCCUGAGGAGGAACUGCACGGCAGGGGCCUGUGAUGUGUGUUGGCGCACAGGCCCCUGGAGGCCAUGCACAGCAGCCUGCGGCCGGGGCUUCCAGUCUCGGAAGGUCGACUGCGUCCACACGCGGAGCUGCAAACCUGUGGCCGAGAGGCACUGCGUGCAAAAGAAGAAACCAGCUUCCUGGAGGCACUGCCUGGGGCCUUCCUGCGACAGAGCCUGCAUAGACACAACCCACUACUGCAUGUUUGUAAAGCAACUUAACUUGUGUUCUUUAGACCUUUACAAACGAAGGUGCUGCCAGUCUUGUCAAGAGGGGUAACCCUCUGGAGGGGCCGUGAUGCUGCUGUGAAGAUAAAAAGAAAACUCUAAUUGCGCUCCCCCCACCCCAUGUCGCCAGUGCAGAAAUGUAGAUUUCCUUCCUGAACCAUUCUAGAUUCCACGCUCAAACAGAGAUCGAUGUCAAAACACCACUGUUCAAAUUGUGUAAAGUGAACCUGUUGCACGGUCGGUUUUUAAUUCUGAUUCCUUUGGGUGAUGUAUCCCAGGGUUAACAAAAAUACCAUAGCCAGCAUGCCAUUACCCUUGGGACUUCCUCGUGGCCGUCUAAUCAGGAAACCACCAAGGUCAUGAGCACGCUGUCGUCCCCUGCUUCCUCUUUCCUGUGAUUCGUCGCUAGCAGGGAGUAGCAUGCCCGGAAGCGUUUGGAAGCCCAGCGACGGGUGCCUUCCUCGUCUCUCAAGCUGCAGGGUUCCAACAGGUGGCCGAGGUAGUUACACUUUAGAAGCUCUGGUCAGUAGUUGUGAAGGUGUUGGCACUGAUGGCAUUUUCGUAGAUCCCCCAGUGUUAGCCUGUGGACAAGAGACAACCUCUCUGGACGGGCUCUUCCCCCUGACUGCUUCGAGGAUCCGUGGGCGGAAGCCACCUUGACCUUGCCCUUGGAGCUCUCAUGGAAGAAGAAGACAUGGUAUCGCUGCCAGUUUCACAAGGACAGAAACUUCACACCUACGGAAAUCGAGCUGGGACCCAACAAGGCAUCCUGGAAAUGAACGAAGAGGGAAAGUUGACCUUUUCUACUGAUUUGGAAGUAUAACCAAAGCUUUCUUUUAAGAGCUGUGAAUGAAACUUUGUCUAAGCACUAUUCUCUUUGCACACAGAAAGCCAAAGCCUUAGUAGACCUAAUUUAUGCAUAAAAUAAUAUUCCUGGAAAAGUUGAUUUUGGAAAAUGAGUAAGAAAGUAAUCUAAAGUAAGAAACGCGAUAGUUUGAAGGAAUUGUUUACGGUGGACAAUCAACGGUCAUGUGAGCUGAUUUUUCAGUAAAUUCCAAGUGAAUUAGGGCUAGGCUGGAGGUGACGCUUAGGACUAGGGUGUAGAGUUAGGAUUUGGGGAAAAUGGUUUAAGAUGAGUUUUAAUUUUAGGAUUAGAGUUAGGUGAGAAAGAAAGUUCAGUUAGUGUUAAGGCGAGAGUUGGCUUCAGGGGUUAGGUAGGGCCAGGGCAGGUCAGCGUUGGGUUGGGUUUAGACGGAGGCCAUGGCUGAUUUCUUGACUGUGUGGCGGGGUGCAGGGUUAGGUUUGGAGUAAACGCUGCCGCUGCAGUGGCUUCAGGCCAGCAUUAAAUCCUAAGUCCUAAUGCCGAUGUGGUCGUGGGAUCCCUCCCUGGUGUCCUGCCAGUUAUAGUGCGAUCAGACUUUAUUCAGUGUCCCAGCCGCCUGUGCACCUGCUGCCCUGAGUCUGUCGGCGACACGGUGACCUGAAGCCGGGUGUGCUGGCCCUGGUCCCUGGUUAAUAAUGAGUGAACGGUCCACGGCGGCUUUGGAUUUGUCUGUGGAUGACCUUGCUGAGUCUCUCUGCCCUGCCCUGAGCACCAGGUCUCUUUUGUUCUCACUUCAGCCUCACUGACACUGGCAUGAGCACUACUGUACGGAGGGUUUGGUGGUUGGGAGCAGACGGGGGAAAUUGAAGAGGCCACACCAGCCCGUGAGUUGUUACUCAUCAAUCACAUUUGAUUGUUGAAGGUUAUUAAAUUAAAAGAAAGAUCAUUGUAAAAUACUCUUUGUAUAUAUUUAUGAUAGGACUUAAAGGUGCAAUAUUUUAUUUUGUACAGUGUGUAAUAAAGACAUGGGACAUAUAUUUUUCUUAUUAAC